CCACCCAGAAUGCAUUUUGACAACGUCUUUGAAAAAGCGGCGCGGCUAAUUCAAGAUGGCGGAGAUGGACCAGCUGUUAGACGAGAGUUCCUCAGCUGAGGCGCUCGUCAGUCUAAAAGAGGGCAGUUUGUCCAACUCAUUAAAUGAAAAGAACAGCUUCACAAGAGCACACAACACCAGAGGACGACAUUCUUCCAUCACAAUGGACACACCCACGCGGAGUUCUAAGAGAAGCCGCUCGUUUCGGGAUGAAGACGAACCGCCCCAACAGCGAAUCUCUUCCAGAUCUCCUCGUAGGAGCCAGAGAGUCACCACUACACCACAGAAGUUUUCUAACAUCGUAACACCAGAUAAGAAGGCGUCACAAAAAAUUGGGUUGAGGUUGAGAAACCUUCUUAAGCUACCCAAAGCUCACAAAUGGUGCAUCUAUGAAUGGUUUUAUUCCAAUAUUGACAGGCCUCUUUUUGAAGGUGACAAUGAAUUUUGCUUGUGCCUCAAGGAAUCUUUUCCCAACCUAAAAACAAGAAAACUGACUCGAGUCGAGUGGGGAACAAUCAGGAGGCUGAUGGGGAAACCAAGACGGUGUUCAUCUGCCUUCUUUGCUGAAGAGCGAACGGCCCUGAGACAAAAGCGCCAGAAGAUGCGUCUUCUGCAGCAGAGGAAGUUGUCAGACGUGUCGACUUGCAAAGACCUUCCCGAUGAAAUCCCGUUACCACUCAUCAUAGGAACUAAAGUCACAGCUCGGCUUCGAGGCGUCCAUGACGGGCUUUUCACGGGGCAGAUUGAUGCUGUUGACACCAGCGCUGCAACUUACCGUGUCACUUUUGACCGCAGCGGCCUGGGAACUCACACUGUGCCUGAUUACGAAGUCCUGAGCAAUGAGCCCAAUGAAACUAUGCCCAUCUCUGCCUUCGCACAGAAGCACCGGUCAACACGCUACAUACAGAACCUCAUGACUCCUCCUCGAGCGCCCUACCCAUCUGUUACCACUCCUGUACAAAUGGACAAUGAUCCUCUUAUGAACGCUUCACCAUGGAGGACCAAGCUGCCCAGCACAGAGGGAGAAACACUGGGUGGAUUUCCUGUAAAAUUCCUUGUCCAAGUUACGAGGCUAUCUAAAAUCCUCAUGAUUAAGAAAGAGCACAUAAAGCACUUAAAAGAAAUGAACACGGAGGCAGAGAAACUGAAGUCGUACUCGAUGCCAAUCGACCUGGACUUUCAGAAGCGUUAUGCCACCACUGUGCUCGAACUGGAGCAGCUUAAUAAAGAUCUGAACAAGGUGCUGCAUGAAGUUCAGCAGUUCUGUUGUGAACUCUCUCCAGACCAGGGCAUGGUUCCAGCUGACCAUCCCACAGAUCUGCGGCGGCGUUGCGAAGAAGAGGCCCAGCAGAUGGUGCAGCUGAGCAACACGCAGCGGGACGGCCAGCCAAGCGUGACAAACGCCAGCCUCACACACCUAGUCUCCCGCCUCACCGCGUUGCUGCUACAGAUAAAGUGUCUUGCAGACGGAGGAGAUCUGAAUUCAUUUGAGUUUAAAUCUCUAACAGACUCCCUGAAUGACAUCAAAGCAUCAAUUGAUUCAUCCAACCUCAGCUGCUUUCAGAAUAACGUUGAAAUCCACGUGGCACACAUCCAGAGUGGUCUUAGUCAGCUGGGCAAUCUGCACGCAUUCGCUGCCAACAACACCAAUGCGGUCUGAGUCUCUACAUCCUCCCUAACACACACACAACCACGCACACACACACACGCACACAGGUGCAUGCACACACUGAAAUGAGGCUUACUAUUGCCGUCUCCUGAAAACGGAGCUGUUAAGGCGACAAACAUUGGGCCGUGUUGACACCGUGGCUCACCGUUGUGCAAGCCCAAGUUUGGACGAAGUUUGUCUCGGAUUCCCGGGGUUUUCUAAACGGAGGGUGAUGUCAUGUAUUUUACCCACCCAUUUUAUUGUAUAAAAAUGUUUGUGCAACCAACCAAUACAAGCCUGAAACAGUCUCCUGUCAUCACUAAUCUGUAUCUUUACCUGCCACAGUUGAGAUCUCCAAGCUCUUAGGUGUUAUUUAUUGGUUUCCAUGUGCCAAACAUUGAUUCUAACAGUUUUAUAGUCUGUAUUUAUUUAUUUUUGCAUAGAUGUGUAUGGUUGUGAAGAAAUAUUUCCUGUCCCUAAUGUUUCCCCCUGUAAGUGUUUUGUUCUGUUGCUCCGCCGCUGGCAAGCACAGGGGAGGCUGAAGAAUGUUUUAUAAAACUGAUUGUAGAUAAUUGUAUAUUAUAUGAUUAUUAGGACUAUUGUCAACAUUUCUGCUGUAUGUUCAGAAAUGGCUUUUGUAAUUUUUGUGUGCACUGAAAAGAGAUUUUGGUAUUUUUAUAAAGGAGAAAUGUUGGGUUUCGAUGCCUUUUACUCUCUAAGAUCUUAGCAUUUCCACCUCAGGCAUGGCUGCUGCUGCAACUCCCUUUUCCCCCCACAAAUGAAGCCUGCAUUAUUGACUUAACCCUUAAGAUCUCAAGUCAACACUUCUUUCCUGUUUGUUUUGUACAAAUGUAUAUGAGAGCGCCUCAGGGCAGUUGUAUAUAAAUGUUUCCCUCUUUUUUUAUAUUAAACAUGCGAUUUCAACUGCU